AUGGCAUCUAGUUGCAAAAAGAGGAGAUUUCGAGAUCCUCAAAGCGUGGAAAGAAGCAUUGACAACGUGCGAAAUGCUAUUCCACAAACAACGCGUUAUAAAAAUCGUUGGGGAGUUCGUAUAUUUGAAGAUUCGCAAAGUGGGCGAGAAAAUAAAGCAGUCAUGUGUGAGAGCAAUCCUUUCAGCUUAGAUUUGCAGAAUUUGCAAAAUUUGGAGACAGAAUUGUGUUCAAUGACGGCAAGAACGUUAAACUUCUGGCUUAUCAAAUUUGUUCAAGAAGUUUGCGACAAGGAUGGCAAGCCAUAUCCCGGGCGUACAGUAUACCAAAUUAUAUGCUCGUUGAAACGACAUCUAGACAAAAAUGGCCGGGCUGAAGCUAACAUGUUAAAUGCUAACAAUCACUGGUAGGUUGAAUUCGUUCAUUUUUAAUUAAUGGUUUAGUUUAAUUUAUUGUAAUAUGAGCAUGUUUAUUACUCAGUUUCCAGACGUUCAGAAGAGUGCUGGAUAGUGAAAUGAAAGCCACCCACCGGGAAGGCGAAUCGCUUGCGGAGAAUCGUACAAGACGAGAGAAAGAAGCUAUUAUACAGAUGAUGAAGAAGGUUUGCUGUGGUCAAAACGCUUACUGGGAGACAAAACUGCUCAAAGUUUGGUUUACACAAUUUAUUUCUAUAUCCACCCUCGAAGCCUAAGGAAGACGAAAAGUUUCAAAUUUCCGACGAGGAACUUGAUAAGUUUUUGAGUGAAGUGGACUGGUCUAAAAUUGAUAAAGAAGGUGCAGCGACGUACUAUCGCAGAAAAGUUUGUUUUGUCGAACAGUACAUUCACUAACUGUUCCUUUAACAUUCCGUUUGCCGGAAAUAAGUAAUACUAAGUCAAUUGUAUGUGUGUUAUUGUUAGUGUGAUUAAAAAAGCAACAUAUUUUGUUGUUUGAAGUGUGUUUUAAUGUUUUUGUGUAUUUAGAAGUUAUUUCUAAAUACAGCUUACUGUAUUUAGAAAUAAUUCUAAACAUAGCAAUUAAAUAUAUUUGCAUAAUCUUUUGUUUACCCCUCAAUUUCCCUAUUGUUCAAAGCCCUUCCCACUUGAAGUAAUUAAAGUCCUGGUCUAGACGGGGUAUCCAGAUAGAUACACAUGAUGUAAAUUACACCAUGUCAUUGGCCGAAAUGCUAUGAAUAUCUAAUGAUGUGUGAGAAGGUUUAUUACAGCAUUAACGUAUCGCAUGUCUUAACAUGUGACAGCAUUAAUCGUGAUGUCAUAACAUGUGGUGAUAUUUAUACGCAAAAUCUUGGGUAAAUUUACACAUCAUUUUGUGCGAUGGAUCAUACCAUCUUCAUUAAAGUGUAGAUAGACGAUUGUUGCAAAUGGUUUGAAUUAUGUAUAAUUGUUAUUUUUCAAUAACAAUUCAUUGGCCAUAUACCGGCAAAUUCAUUAUGAUAUCUGCCAUGUUGAAACUGCGACAAUUCAGGACAGAGCCGUUCAGCUUCAAAUUUGACAAAAAAGUGAAAGAUAUACAAUAGAACUAGGUUUAAUUCAAUUCAAUAUCAUAUCUCGUUUCGGCCAUGCAAAAAUUGCCGUCCGAAAGAAAGGUUUUGAUAUAUGCGAUAAAUAAUAUUAAACUUCAUUUCAAGAUUGUUUUUCUAAUUAUAAGAAUAUUAUUCUAGGAUGGAAAAAUGUUAUUCUUAAAAUAAGAAAAAUAUUCUCUCGAAUAUUCUUGCCUAGUUAUAUUUUCUUACUUUAAGAUUUUUGUUCUUAAAACUAGAUUUCUUUUCUUGAAAUAUUUCUUGAUAAGAAAUAUUUACUUAAAAUAAGAAAAAUAAUCUAAAAAAUAAGAAUAUUAUUCUAGACUAGAAUUCGAUUUUUUGCAGUGUAGCCUAUUAUUACCUAGCCAUGGGCUCCAUGAAAGGGCCUGUUUAUAAAAUCCCAGCUAGGCAGGAUGAGGCAGUUUCCAAAAUUCUGACUAUCAUAUCAACUCGUGUUCAAAAAUACAUGUAUAUAUAUUUGAUGAACUCAUGCGCUCACGAACAUGUAUAAACAUGACAUCCUAGCUGCCUGGCAAGGUUUCCCACCUGACAGGAUCAUAUGAACAUGUCUUAAUAUUAAUUAAAAUAAGCCUUUUAAAUACUGCAAUAUCCUACAUACUAAUAUACUAUAACUCUAUAAGUCACAAGACUUUGCAAAAUAACUUUUUCUACUUUCCUGGAAAUAUGUCAGACCAGCCCAAUAAUAAACACAUCCAGGUUUACUGUAAAUAUAAUUAUAAAUGUCCAAUUGAAUCAGCAGAAACAGGGAGGGUUUCAAAGGAAUAUGCCACCUAGCUAAACUAAAAAAGAGGUUAUUAAUUUUGCUAAGCCACACACAAAAUAUUCUUUGUCCUUUCAUGACCAAGAAUCCUCAAUGAGAUAUAUUAUUUAUAAACACAAUAUAAAAAUAUGCAACGGAUUCGAAAACAUUCCAGCGACUAUUAACGUAGAGAGACUUCUGACGACUUAUAUAUAUAUAGCCUAUUAUUAUCUAGCCAUGAGGGCCCCCUAUACUUUUUGCGUGAAGCGUGAUGGGCUUAUUUUACUUAGCCGUGAAACGUGAUCGAUGAUUUUCUUAAUCCGUGAUUCGUGAUAGUAUGACUUCCAAUCUUUUUACGUGCACGUGAAGGAAAGAUUCGAAUUAACCGUGACCCGUGAAUGGCGGAUAGAAAUAUGCGUGAUUCGUGAAUCAUCUGUUUUGUGUGAUCAGCUUUCCAAGGUAUAAAUACGGUUUGUUGCUGUUUUUUGAAGUACUUGAUGUACAGGAGCCCGUUUUCGACAUAGUUGGAGGUUUGAAAGCAUGUCGAGGUAAGUACAGACGAGUACAAUGAUUCUACAAUUAAGGAAGACAUUCUAUAAUAAUUCGUGAAUUUUGAACUAAAAAAAAGGUUAUUAAUUUUGCUAAGCCACACACAAAAUAUUCUUUGUCCUUUCAUGACCAAGAAUCCUCAAUGAGAUAUAUCAUUUAUAAACACGAUAUAAAAAUAUGCAACGGAUUCGAAAACAUUCCAGCGACUAUUAACGUAGAGAGACUUCUGUAAAUCUUAAUGCGGUUCGUGUCGUAAAAAUCGUCGGAAUUACUCUUCCCAAAAAAAUGUCGCUUUAACCCAUGUAGUUCACAUAUAAAUAUCGUUGAACAGAUCUUUUUAAGUGCACAUAUUUGCACAACGCCGUCCUCGACUCGCUUCAGCAAUGCGCUUUAGCCAUAUUUAAUAUAAUUUAUUACCUUUGUGUUAAAUUUAUGCAUUAUUAAUACAAAUUUAUGCCUCCCAAAUUUUGGGGGGCUGUAAUGUGAUUGGUCAAUCAGAACAAUGCCGAAGCUCAUUGACCCAGCCGUUAAGUGGGCGAGUGGCGAGAACACAACGGCUGGAAUCUGAGCCUAAAGCUGCCCCUGAGAAAUUUAACUUACUACUUCUGUUAAUAUACUGAAAUUAUUAAACCAAAUGGUGCUUAUAAUCUUGUGAAUCAGAAUGAAUGAUUGUGUGUGGGGUGGGGUGGCCAUAAGCAUGGACAUUAAUUGAUUUCAUUUUGAAUACAUUUGAGUACUUAUUUCAGCAUAUAGGUACUUACUAUCCCCUGCCCCUAGUAAAAAAUCUUGAGUACAGCCCUGGACUCAAGUCAGUACAGGAAUCCAUGCACUUCCUCGGAAUAAUUUUGUUCACAUAAGUUUAUUGUCAUUGGUAAACUGCCCGAUGCCAAGCAGACCCAUUUUCGUACAGGAGAAUGUAACAAAAAUGUGACAACAUAAAUUGACUGCAAUCGAUACGUAACUGCACCUGAGUCAAGCCCAACGUUUGCAAUAUCCUGCAUUGAUGUACUCUUCAUUGUUUGUCCGCCAUGAUGCUGUUAUACUAUAGUAAGCAGCAUGUUUCUUUUUAGACAGCACAAGUGAUAUUACUGAACAAUACAUGGCUGAUGCAAGAAUAUACGUUAAGCAGAAAGGUGUUUCUAGAAUUGAAGAAUUUCUCAAGAAAAAACUCGAGGGAUCGAAAGAUGUGAAAAUAAGAUUUGCCAUUACAGGAAAUAGUGGAACAGGGAAAUCGGCAUAUAUCAACGCAAUAAGAGGGUAA